GUUACAUGUAAACGAACAAACACUUCUCGACCAACGUCAUAUUUUUAGUUCUCUGGCUUGAAAUUAUUUCAUGUAGUAACUUCUUGGCCGGUGCCAAGUCCCUAAAGAUGGUAUAGACGACGUUUUGAGUGUGUCAAGGAUGGAUAUAAAGAUUUUAGCGGUGUUAUUUGCUUUUCUGGCAGUUUGUUGUGCCGCGUUUCCUUAUCAGGAGAGACGGACGUUCUACCGAAACAACUGGGGACCGCGUACAGAUAACGGAGGGAUAUUCGAAGGCUAUAACGACUAUGACGAUACAGACGGCGAACUAUCAGCUCAACAGAAAAAAGAGUACGCUUGGCGCCAAGCGCAGCGAACACGUGACCAAGCUGACGAUGACGUAUUGCGCGGCACGGAGUCUGAGGACGAGUCUGUGGAGGACGAGCGUGCGCGGCAGAGGAAAGAAUGGUUUAUGAAUGCUAUGGAGAAGUUCACAGACGUGACAAAUAACGACAACUUCGAAGUUAACUUUAAAACAAAAGAAGCAUCACGUGAUGACGCCCACGACAAAACAAGUCAGCGGCUAGAACCAGGAGAAACCGAUGAGGAUCGGUUGGCGUUGCUACGCGAAGAGGCGAAGAUGAAGAGACAGGAGAAGAAAAAGAAAUCUAAAGAGUCUGAGAAUAAGAAAGACUUCGUCCCCAUCCCUGGCCAGCUCUUCGAAGGGGACAUUGUUAUGACGGAGCACUUUCGUAACCACGUAUUGGGUAAUAAUGUGAAGAGGGAUGGAAUGCAAGACAAAGAUAAGUUAUGGCCGAAAGACGAGAAAACCGGACUUGUCAGAGUUCCGUACGUCCUUAGCAAGGAUAUCCACUACAACGAUUAUAGCAAGACAGAGAAGAAAAUUAGGAUUGAUGAUGCAAUCUCAACCUUUAAUCGCUUAUCCUGCAUUCGAUUUGUGGAGAAAACGCCAGAAGACAAAGACUACGUCCAUUUUAUCGUCAACAAGUCGAUGUGCUACUCAAGUGUUGGUCGUCAGGGUGGCGAGCAAAAGAUCUCUAUUGGUAAUGGCUGCGAGCGAUUGGGCACUGUUGAGCAUGAGAUGCUUCACAGUUUGGGCUUUAUACAUGAACAGUCACGUCCUGACAGAGAUGACUACGUAGAGGUCAAAUGGGACAACAUCAAGAAAGGAUUGAGUCACAAUUUCAGGAAAUACCCCAGAUACCUCGUCAAAAGCUUGACACCAUACGACUUCGAUUCAUGUCUGCAUUACCACAACAAGGCGUUCACAAAUGAUGGAGAGCCCACCCUUAUAGACAAGGAGGACCCCAGUAGAGUGUUUGGACAAAGAAAGCAAAUGAGUAAAAAUGAUGUCCGUCAGCUGAACAAAGAGUACGCUUGUGAAGGACCGUCCAAGGAGCUAUUGGACGAACUCGAAUACGAAUAAGAUCAGCAUUAACUGAUUAGGGGUUCCUUAUAAGACCUACUCAUCUCAUCCCUACCUGUAGAUAACUCGAAUUUCCCUUUAACUCCAACACGAAUAACACGAAAUUUCCCUUAACUUUUUAAUCCAUACUAUCACGCGAGAUUCCAUGCAUUUUCUGACAGCCUAUUUUAUUCUUCCUGCGAAACGAGAAAAUUAGAAAACCGAGCUUAUAUUGAGUGUUUGGAGGGUGUUCUUUCUUCACAUACCGUUAACUGGGCUUGUAAAUCUGCUAAAUGUCCGGGCAACGUUUUUCAAACAUUGUAUUCUCGUAAUCCAAGGUUGUUGUUCAAUUUUUUCAAUUUUAUUGCUUGUCAUUCUCGAUUGUAGCGAGAGUAGUUUAUAAUGCCUGCAUUUUCCUACCCUUUCAAAAUGGGAAUAAUUGUUGUUGCUUACUGUGGAGUACCUGAUUUUCUCCCAAUGAUUUAUUUGGUUGUUAACCAUCGCACUUUUACAACUCAUCGUAAAGUAAAUCCGAGCCAGGACAUCUACAGUAGAGCAAUAAUAUUGUUAUUUUAAUUUAUUUAUUGAUUGUGAUAUGAUGGGGCAUGGUGUAAUUAUGGUUACCAUAAAGGUGGAAUCAUGCUUAUUCCUUGAAGAGCUGUGUCGCUCGUCUUUUCUUCUAAGAAAAACAAGCAAUCCACAAAGCUCUUCAACGAGAUUUAUUUAGUUAGUAAAAAAGGGUUAAAGUAAUGAUAAUUUGAAUGUGCCUUUGGUUCUUUCAUCGUACUUUUCUACGUUCGAGCACUGACAUUAGUGUGUUGCUGUAUGGAGAGAUACCUCGCCGUGCAGUGAUGACGUAUCUUGCGCUUAACCAAUAACAACUCGAGGUUGAGGGAGGUUCUAACGUCAAGUCACCGCAAGCAACUUUUCAUACUUGCAGAAAAAGCAUGUUGAAUAAAAUAAUCGUUACCGUA